AUGCCAGAGGAAGAAGAGGCUAAGCGAACGAGAUCCGACCCGAAGCCAACCGAACUUGGACUCCAGCACCAAAACGACCAACGUGAACUGGAGUUUCGUUAUUCAUUAAGAGGUUGGCGUCAAGCGGCCAAUAAGUUGAGAGCUGCUUUAAGUGAUGAAGAACUCGUAUUGGUUAUCAAGCAACAGAGAGAUGAAGUCCAAGCUGCUAUGGACAAGGCAACGGUAGUUCAGGAUUCUCUCAGCAAGAUUAAGGUGUCCUUAAAAUUGCAUGAUGACAGCUUCGACAAGAUUGAAGAGGUGGAGGAGCAGCAUGCAGAGCUGAUGAAACAAACCCACGAAAGAGUGAAGGUUCUACAAGGAGGCUCUGUAACCCAAUCGACGUCAUCCAGACACUCCUCUAAACCUUCUCCAAAACGACAGAAUGAUUGUGAAGAGUGGGUCAACGCCGAACCAAAAGAUGACCCACCUACGAUGGAGAAGAUUAACCCAAGAGCUCAGGACAUUGAAACGGGAAACUCGUUAGCAGCGAGUUUAGUGGACCAGAUGAGGAUAAGUCACCUGCCCCCUCCAGAGCCCACUCAGUUCGAUGGAAGUCCCCUCCAAUAUCCAACGUGGAAAAGAAGCUACGACCUCCUAAUAGAAAGAAGAGAGAUAAACGCAGCAGAUAAGUUCUAUUAUCUUCUGAAGUACAUAAAGGGCCAACCCUUGCAACUGGUACAAGGAUACGCAUUGCUAGGUGAUACCAACUCUUAUGCUGCAGCGAAGAUGGCCCUAGAAAGGAGGUACGGAGAUCCCUUUGUCCUAUCUAACGCCUACAGGGAUAAAUUGGACUCUUGGCCCAGAAUCAGCAACAGAGAUGGCCAAGGUCUUCGAAUGCUGUCUGACUUUGUGAAACAGUGCUGUACAGCAAUGACAACCAUCGGAAAUCUGGCUCAAUUGAAUGAUGAGAGGGAAAAUAGGAAGAUCUUGGCUAAACUCCCAGACCACCUGAUUGUGAGUUGGGGUAGGAAAGUUGCUCAUUGGAAGAAAACUCAUGGAAAUUUCCCAUCAUUUCAUGAGUUCAGUGACUUCAUUGAGGAGGAGGCCAAUAUCGCAUGCGACCCAAUUACCUCUUUGUAUAGUGUAAAGGAGCUGAAGGUAGACAAGCAGCGGACGAUUCCGGGCGCAACAUCCAUGUAUGCCUCGACAGAUCAACGCCCUCAGCAUCCAAGAAAGGGAAAGAAGCAGGAGUAUGUAUGUGUGCUCUGUAAGGAAAACCACCAACUAGGAGUUUGUAAAAGGUUCCUUUCAAUGACUUUGAAGGAGCGAAAGACCUACGUACGAGACAAUGGACUGUGUUAUGGUUGUCUCAUAAGAGGACACACAUCAAGAGAAUGCAGAAGGAGAGACACAUGCAGUGUCUGCAAACGGCGACAUCCCACUUCUCUUCAUGAAGACUGGAAUCGGAGUAAUCAAGUACAAGAGAGAGAUGAUGUGAGAAUGGAGAUCCAAUCGUCUGAUCAUGAGAGUUCUAACGCAACAGAAGAACUCCGGUCAUCGAGUUCUCACACAACAGUAAACCACAUGACCUUGAAGAAACAGGCUGUAAAGUGUUCAGCAGUUGUUCCAGUCUGGAUAUCACAGAAGGGCAGAUUUGAUGAAAGGCUGAUAUAUGCAUUAUUGGAUACUCAGUCGGACACCACAUUCUUGCUGGAAUCUACCAAGGAAGCCAUGAAUCUACAAGGUUCAAAGGUGAAUCUUCUUCUUUCUACUAUGUCCAAGAAGGAUGAGAGGAUCCCUAGUGAGAAAAUUCAAGGACUCACGGUUCGUGCUCACAACAGUAUGAAGACGAUUGAUCUCCCUGCAGUCUAUACACGAGACAUCAUGCCCGCAAAUAGGGAGUAUAUUCCAGUGCCUGAAGUGGCUAUGUCCUUUCCUCACCUGACUGAAAUUGCAGAGGAACUGCUACCACUACAAGACUGUGAGGUAGGAUUGCUGAUCGGAUAUGAUUGUGCACGUGCUCUAAUUCCUCGCAGCAUAAUUCUUUCUCCUGACGAUGAUGAUGGACCCUUUGGGAUGAAGACAGAUCUAGGUUGGUGUGUUGUGGGUAUAUCAAGUCAGAAGGAGUUUGCUGUCAGCCCCGAAGACAGAAUAGGGUUCAGUCAUCGAUUGAUCACCUGUGAGAUACUCCCUGAGCUGACUGAAAGCAAAACUGCAACCAAGGAAAAGGUGAUGUUCUCACACAACGUCACCAUCAAGGAAGAGAUAAGUCCUUCAUCGGUGCUGAGGAUAAUGGAAGCAGACUUCUCGGACCUAAGAGACAACAGCGAACCUUCCUCACAUAAUGAUGUUAGAUUCAUGAACAUCAUGAAGAAUAAUGUUCGCUUAACAGAAGACGGACAUUACGAAACUCCACUUCCCUUCAAGGAAAAGGAACCAGAUCUGCCAAACAACAGGUAUAUGGCAGACAAGAGACUACAACAUCUCAAACGAAAGUUUGAAAGAGAUUCAAACUACCACCGUAGAUACACAGAGAAGAUGGAAGCACUCUUAGAGAAAGGGUACGCAGAGUUAGCACCAGAAAUCAAGACAGCUGAUAGUCCAGUCUGGUAUAUUCCCCACCACGGUGUUAUACAGCCCAACAAACUUCGGGUCGUAUACGACUGCAGUGCUCAGUACAAGGGGGAAUCCCUUGACGAUUAUCUUCUCACUGGACCAGACCUGACAAAUGCUCUCGUAGGCGUACUCUGCAGAUUCAGGAGAGACGAGAUUGCAUUCAGUUGCGACAUAAAGGAAAUGUUUCACCAAUUCAAGGUGAGAGAAGACCCCCGUGACUACUUGAGAUAUUUGUGGUGGAAAGACGGAGAUAUUCUUCGAGAACCCAUCGAGCUGCGUAUGACUGUCCAUUUGUUUGGCGCAUCUUCCUCCCCAGGCUGCUCCAAUUUUUGCUUGAAGCAGACAGCUACUGAUCACGCAGACGAAUUUGGAAAUGACGUGAAGGACUUCAUUCAUCGGGAUUUCUAUGUGGACGAUGGAUUGAAAUCCGUUCCUUCUACAAAGGACGAUAUCGACCUAGUUUCGAGAACAAGACAACUGUGUAAGAAAAGUGGACCGCAUCUACACAAGUUCAUAUCUAACAGCAGAGAAGUAAUGGAAUCUGUUCCGGAGCCUGAUAGAGCGAAGGGAGUCUCCAAGACGGAUCUUAUGGGAGUUGAUUCACCCAUGGAAAAGGCUCUGGGAGUUCUAUGGUGUGUUGAGUCCGACACACUUAAGUUCAGGCUCACUCUACAUGACAAACCCCUGACGAGAAGAGGAGUCUUAGCCACAGUUAUGUCAAUCUACGAUCCAUUGGGUCUGCUGGCGCCAGUUGUACUGCGAGGAAAACAGAUCUUGCAAGAACUAUGCAGGAAAGCAGUAGACUGGGAUGAUCAACUGCCUGAUGAACAGAGAAGCAGCUGGGAGAAAUGGAGAGCUAAUUUGCAUAAUCUGGACUCAAUCUCCAUACAAAGAUGCUACAAGCCUGCACAUUUCGGAGAAGUAAAGACAACGCAACUUCAUCACUUUUCUGAUGCCAGUACUACUGGUUAUGGCGAGUGCACAUAUCUAAGGCUGACUAAUGAUGAAGGAAAGGUGCAUUGUACACUCCUGAUGGGGAAGGCCAGAGUUGUACCUCUCAAACCAAUCACUGCACCACGUCUGGAGCUGACAGCUGCAGUUGUUUCAGUUAGAGUCAGUGCAUUUCUUCAGAGAGAGUUUGUACCCUCAGACACUGAAGAGUUCUAUUGGACGGACAGCAAUGUAGUAAUGGGCUACGUUAGUAACGACUCGAAGCGCUUUCAUGUCUUUGUUGCCAACCGUGUGCAUCAGAUUAGACAACACUCUUCCCCCUCACAAUGGAGACAUGUGGGUACACAGGAUAACCCAGCUGAUAUUGCUUCUCGAGGAGCUACAGUCAACCAACUCCUGUCUUCCUCUUGGUUUACUGGCCCAAAGUUCCUGUGGGAGAGCAACGCAGAGAAGUUCAUUCAAGGUGAUAAGUUUGAUGUGAAGUUGGAUGAUCCAGAAGUGAAGAAAGCUCAUGCAAACGUUGUACAUGGUCACUCUAAGCCUUGUACCUUUGGGAUCGAUCGUUUGGACAGAUUUUCCUCUUGGCACAGAGCUAAAAGGGCAGUAGCAAACUGCAUGAGACUGAAGGCGCAUUUGAGAAGGGGAUGUCGAGAGCGAGGUCUGAGCAAGUCAUCCACCACUGGAAAGACUUCAUUCCAUGGUGAGCUACAGAAGCUUACUACAAAGGAACUCAACAAGGCACAAUGUGAAAUCCUGAAGACCGUACAGAGAGAUGCAUUCAGUAAUGAACUGACAGCUAUACAGAACCAGUCUGGUAAAGGUAGUGAGAUGAAUGCAAACAAGAGACACAGGCGUAAGCAGCAAGGGUAUAGUCGCUUUCAUCGUCUUGACCCUUUCAACGACGCUGAUGGGAUACUGAGAGUAGGUGGACGCCUAAGUUGUGCUGAAGGUUCCUAUGAAAGUAAGCAUCCAGCUAUUCUACCUCAGGACCACCAUAUUACAGAGUUGAUAAUACGACAUUGUCACAUUCAGACAGCUCACCAGGGACGAGGUAUGACCAUCAACCAACUGAGGUCCAGCGGCUUCUGGGUCUUAUCUGGGAGCUCAACAUUCUCUAGACUCAUAAGGAAGUGUGUCACAUGUCGUAGGCUACGUGGCGAAUCUCAAUGGCAGAAGAUAUCAAACCUGCCUAAGGACAGAGUUGAGCCUACACCACCCUUCACAUACAGCUGUAUGGACGUGUUUGGUCCAUGGGUAAUCAAAGAAGGCCGAAAGGAACUGAAAAGGUACGACCUCCUCUUCAGUUGUAUGGCUUCUAGGGCUGUGCACAUUGAGACACUAAAUUCGAUGACAACCGACUCUUUCAUUAACGCUCUUCGACGAUUCCUAUCCAUUAGAGGUCCUGUGCGCCAGCUUCGUUCAGAUAGAGGCACUAACUUCAUCGGGGCUGAAGCUGAGCUAAGAGAAGGUAGUAAUACACACCAGGACAAGAUUCAGGAAUUUCUUCUGAGGAACGACUGUGAUUAUAUUCACUUCAAAUUCAAUGUCCCUUCGGCUAGUCACAUGGGAGGUGUAUGGGAAAGACAAAUACGCAGUAUACGUCGUGUGCUAGAAACAUUGCUGUAUGAAGCUGGACAGCAGCUUGAUGAUGAGUCCCUGCGCACCCUCAUGAACGAAGCAGCAGCUAUCGUAAAUAGCAGACCUCUGACUGUCGACAAUUUGAAUGACCCUACACAUCCUGAGCCCCUGACACCGAAUCAUCUUCUGACAAUGAAAACCAACGUGCUGUUGCCGCCUCCAGGACACUUCCAACGAGAGGACUUGUACUCUAGAAAAAAAAGAUGGAGGAGAGUUCAGCAUCUCGCUAACGAAUUCUGGAAGCGUUGGAAGCGAGAGUUUCUCCAGAGUCUUCAAUCACGUCAGAAAUGGACUUGCCCACAGCGUGAAGCCCGUAUAGGUGAUGUUGUAAUAAUGAAAGACGACAAUCCAAGAAACCAAUGGACGCUAGCCAGAGUAGUUGAUGUUUACCCAUCCUCGGACAAUCAUGUGCGUAAGGUUAAAUUGGUGAUGGGUGACCCCAAGAUAAACAGUCGCGGGAAGCGAAUCUUCCAACAACGUUAUUUCGAACGACCAAUACAUAAGCUUAUCUUGUUAGUCGCGCAUGAAGACCAGGGGAAAUUCCCUGACAAGGAGCCACAAGGCUAG